GGUCAGAGACUGCAGACAUACUACAGGAGAUGGUCAGAGACUGCAGACAUACUGCAUGCAUUGGUCUGAGAGACUAUGAGCAUGCUACAGGAGAUGGUCAGGGACUAGUGAAGUACAUGCAACAGGAGAUGGUCAUAGACUGCAAACAUACUAGAGGAAAAGGUCAUAGACAUGCAGACAUACUACAGGGGAUGGUCAGAGACUACAGACUUUUGCAAGGAAAAUGGUCAAAAACUGUGUACAUGAUAUAUGAUUUGGUUUCAUGAGACCAUAGCUUCAGGAGAUAGUCA